AUGGAUGAGAGCAAUCGUGAGUUGUAUUAUUUACAUCUUAAAUGUAGUGCGUUGUUGACACCUGGUGACUUCGAUAUUUGUGAUCGGAUUACCUACUUGCAAGCCAAACGCUCUCAAGAAAUUAGUGCAGCGGUCAAGCAACAAAAGUAUGAGUCACUGAUUCGAACACAAAAGCCGGUAGGUGACAACGAUAAAAACUCACAAGAAACUCGAACGGUUGUUAAUUUAUCCAACAAGGUAUUGUCACAAGGUGCACUUAGAGUACUUGAGAGAGGGUUGAAUUUCGCUCCUACUCCAAACCACAUCCCUUAUGAAGAAGUGAUAGGAAGUGUGGAGGAAGUAAUUAGACGGAAUCAGAUACCGGCGAGUGAUGCCGAUGUGUUGAGACAGGACACAGCCGUUGCUUUACGUCACGCCAAACUUCCAACACCAAACAUCACAGCUGAAGAAAAGGCCGCACUACGUAAUCUCCGCCAAGAUGAGGACGUGUUAGUACUAAAAGCGGACAAAGGGAAUGCUACAGUGGUUAUGAACGUCACGGAGUAUGAUGAAAAGAUUCGCCACUUAUUAAGCGAUGCAAACACCUACAGGAGAGUGAACUACAACCCGACAGCACGGACGAAUCGCAGUACACACAAAAUCAUAAAAGAAUGUCAACAAAUACUUACAGAUGACACAUUCAAGUACUUGCUCCGUCCAAGAAAUGUACAACCUCCUAAAAUAUAUGGUCUGCCGAAGGUGCACAAGCCGAAUGUUCCACUGCGACCCAUAGUCAGCCAGAUAGAUUCACCUACUUACCACCUGGCGAAGCAUGUGGCUAGUAUACUGCAACCCUUGGUUGGGCGUUCGACAUCGUAUGUGAAGGACUCGAGGCAUUUUAUUGACAUACUGCAGUCCAUCAAACUCCGACCUAACGAUCUAAUGGUUAGUUUUGAUGUUGAGUCGUUAUUUACAAAUGUUCCGGUGGCAGACUGCAUGGAAGUGGUGAAGUUGAGAUUGCAAGAGAAUAACAUCCCUCUCGAGUAUGUUAAGCUGCUUCAUCAUUGCUUGUGUACCAGUUACUUCGUAUACCAGGGUCAGUACUACCUACAGAUUGAUGGUGUGGCAAUGGGCAGCCCAGUGGCUCCGGUGGUGGCCAACAUUUGGAUGGAACAUUUCGAACAGUUGGCUAUCUCCACUGCCACUACAUCUAUAAAGCUGUGGAAGAGGUAUGUCGAUGACGUUUUCUGUGUCAUAGAGGGGGGCGAACAAGAGGUGAAAGUAUGCUUGGCACAUCUAAACAACAUACACGCGAAGAUUAACUUCACCUACGAGUUGGAAAAUGAGAGGACAUUGCCAUUUCUGGACGUGAAGAUUUUAGUUCGUGCUGACGGCUCUCUGGGACACUCGGUUUACAGGAAAUCGACUCACACUGACCGAUAUUUACAAGCUGAUUCUCACCACCAUCCCAGACAACUAAACUCUGUAGUCACCUCACUCACCAACCGCGCAUAUGAUUUAUGCGACGAGGAACAUUUACAGGAGGAGCUGACACAUGUGAUGAAGGUGCUGCGGAGUAACGGAUAUAGGAUUGCAAAGCACAAGAAGAAACCCACUAAUAGACAUCGGAGGUGCGAGGUUGAGAGGCAACCAGCAUUUAUGCCAUAUGUGAAGGGAGUGACAGAUAAGGUUGCCAACAUUCUCCACAAAUAUGCCAUAAAGACUGUCUUCACUCCUUUCCGGAAAGUUUCCCAGAUGCUGCGUUCGCCGAAGGAUAGCUUCCCUCUAGAAAAACCUGGGGUCUAUAAAGUGGACUGUAGCUGUGGCAAAUCAUAUAUCGCGACCAUUUCUGCGAAUAGUGUUGUGGAUUUAACGCUACAAAGAGUUAGACUAUUGGUGUAA